AUGGGUGACGGAUUGGCAGAAAUUGGAAUUUUGGUAAGUCUUAAAUUUAUUUGUGUGGUUAUUGAGAUUAUUCUUUAGGAUACUCCAAAGAGGGAGAAAUCCCCAGCUGUGAAUAUUUCCAAGGAUGCCAUGGAAGUAGAUCUUGCUAUCAAUGAAACCGAUGACUACCUGAAGUUCAAGAAACUCGAGAAGCAGCUUGAACAUUUGGAUGUUAUGGAAGAGUAUAUAAAGUUGGAGACUAGGAAUUUGGAGAAAGAGUUGCUUCACGCUCAAGAAGAGGUAAUUAUUUUUCUGGCGAUGAAUUUCAUUACUUUAUUGUGCUUUCUAACUGUUUUAAUUUCAGGUAAAGCGAAUUCAAUCGGUCCCUUUGGUGAUCGGCCAAUUCUUAGAGGCCGUCGAUCAAGAUCAUGCUAUUGUUGGGUCAACGACUGGUAAGUAAAAGAUUUUAGGUAUUUGAUGUUGAUGUUUAGGUUCCAACUACUAUGUCCGAGUCUUGUCCAUCUUGGAUAGAGAAUUGCUAAAGCCAGGAUGCUCUGUUGCGCUUCAUAAAUAUUCAAAUGCCUUGGUUGAUAUCCUUCCUCCUGAGGCCGAUUCAAGUAUCCAAAUGUUGAGACCCGAUGAGAAGCCUGAAGUCAGUUACGCCGAUAUUGGAGGUCUUGACAUGCAGAAACAAGAAGUCAGAGAGGCUGUGGAACUUCCUUUGACUCAUGGUGAACUCUACCAACAGGUAAUUUAGAUACAUUGCUUUAUUUGAUCAAACGAUUCUACGAGUGUAAUUACAGAUUGGUAUUGAUCCUCCUCGGGGUGUAUUGAUGUAUGGUCCUCCUGGAUGCGGUAAGACCAUGUUAGCCAAGGCUGUUGCCGCACACACUACUGCUUCAUUUAUUCGAGUCGUCGGAUCGGAGUUUGUACAGAAAUACCUUGGAGAAGGCCCAAGAAUGGUCAGAGAUGUCUUCCGAUUGGCCAAAGAGAACAGUCCAUCAAUUAUUUUUAUCGAUGAAAUUGAUGCCAUCGCCACGAAACGUUUCGAUGCUCAGACUGGAGCUGACAGAGAAGUCCAACGUAUUCUUCUGGAACUUUUGAAUCAAAUGGAUGGGUUCGAUCAGACAACCAAUGUGAAGGUCAUCAUGGCCACCAACAGACAAGACACCCUCGAUCCUGCGCUUCUCCGCCCUGGUCGUCUGGAUAGAAAGAUUGAGUUCCCUACUCCAGAUCGUCGUCAGAAGCGUCUCAUCUUCAGUGCCAUCACGGCCAAGAUGAACCUGAGUGAUGAUGUAGAUGUGGAGGACUUUGUGGCCAGACCCGACAAGAUCUCCGGCGCCGAUAUCAACUCGAUCUGCCAAGAAGCUGGUAUGCACGCUGUUAGAGAGAACCGAUAUGUUGUCUUGACUAAGGACUUUGAUAAGGCCUACAAAUCCGUCGUCAAGAAGGAUUUGAAUGACUUUGAAUUCUACAAAUAA